AUGGCCCAGGCCUGUCAGAGAUUUGAGAAAUCCACCAGGCUGAGGGAAGAGCUGAGCUGCAUGCUGGUCGGUGAUGGAGCCGUGGGGAAGACCAGCAUGGUUAUCAGCUACAUCUUCAACGGAUACAACAGCGAGUACAGACAAACAGCUUUUGAUGUGUUCACUGGUGUGGUUCAUGUGAAUGGGGUUCCAACUCGUAUCAAGCUGAUAGAUACUGCAGGACAGGAGGAGUUUGGUCAUCUUCGCUCUCUGUGCUAUGCCCACGUGGACGUCUUCAUCCUCUGCUUCAGCCUGGUCAACCCUGUCUCCUUUGACAACAUCACCUCCAAAUGGAUCCCACAGAUCCGCGCCGGCAACCCAACCUCUCCCAUCAUCCUGGUUGGGACCCAGUCGGACCUUCGCCACAGUGUGGACGUCCUCAUUCGCCUGGACCAGCGGCACACCAAACCAGUGCACUUCAGCCGGGCCAGAAGGCUGGCACACAGGAUCAGGGCUCAUGACUAUUUGGAGUGUUCAGCUCUGACGCAGCACAACCUCAAAGAUGUGUUUGACUCUGCUGUAUUUGCUGCCAUCAAGAACAAGCACAUGAGCCUAAAACACUCCAAAAGACUCAGCCUGCUUAAACGUUUGAAGGCUUUUUGUGAUUGCGGAUGGAGGAAAAUCUCCAGGUUCAUCUGA